UCGUUCGGACAUCCGUUUAACAAUGAGGACAGCAACCUUCGUCUUUUUACUGGUGGUUUGUAGUGGGUGGGCAGCGGAUUUGGAGGGAGACAACAAAGCGACGGAGAGCAAAUCGAGCCCAGUUGUCGCCGUGAAAGAUGACAAAGCAAAGCCUGAAAAAAGAGCACCUCUUGUUAUGACCUCAGUCCCCGGAGAACUAAAGUACACGCCGGACGUCACGUACUCGCAGGAUCACAAGUACACCCCUAUGGUACUCAACCCUUUCAAUCCCGCAAGGCAGGAAACAAAGUACCAGGAGUUCAAGUUGCCCUUCUACUACCAGCCGACGCCUGCGCCAAAACCCCAGUACGUUUUCUACAACCCGCCUCCUCCGAUGCACAACCCGAUGGUUCUGAUGUUCGCCGUACCCCAUCCAUCCGGGCAGUUCCUCAUGCUCCUGCCGGCCCAUAACUUUCUCCACCCGAUGAUGUACAAGCCCCAGUUCGGACAUUCGCCCGUUCAGUACCAACAGCACUACGCAUCGCCGACCGGGCCGGCGUUGGCUCAAGCAGCAGGUUUUGCGGCGCAGCAACAGCUCGCAUAUUCCGGCCCUUACCAACACAAAGAUAAAUACGCCUCAACAAAGCAAUAAAAGCGAGGAGGAAGAUAGAAACUGGCUGUACAUAAGAAGUGAAUUGUUAAGAAAAAUGAUCUUAUUUUGCUAAUUUUUUUAAUAGCUUUUAUUGUUUAA